GCGGUAGCAGAUAAGGUUUGCCUCCACGCUGGAGAAGCUCAGAGUAUACAGAUCUCGCCACAGUGAAACAUCUAGGCAACACAGCUUGAGCUUAAAUAAACAAGACAACUUUUCGGCUCAGCGCUGUUUGUCCACUGGCAUCUUUGAGCCGCGCGGCGGUGGAAGAGGAGCUCUGUCCGCGAGAAGAAGAAGAAGAGUUCGGGACGCUGCGCGAUAACUUUUACGCAAUGGAAACUACUUUCUACGAUGACUCUCUAAACAGCGCUUUCUCUCAGCAUGUCAGCGCUACUUUUGGAUACAACCACAAGGCUCUGAAACAUAACAUGACGCUGAAUCUGACCGACCCAGCCGGCAACCUGAAGCCCCACCUGAGGGCCAAAGCCAACGACAUCCUCACCUCCCCCGACGUGGGGCUGCUCAAACUGGCUUCGCCGGAGCUGGAGCGGCUCAUCAUCCAGUCCAGCAACGGCCUGAUCACUACAACGCCGACUCCGACCCAGUUUCUGUGUCCCAGGAACGUGACGGACGAACAGGAGGGCUUCGCGGAUGGCUUCGUGAGGGCACUGGCCGAGCUGCAUCACCAGCACAUGCCCAGCGUCACCUCGGCUCCCCAGACGACCAUCAACAACAGCAUGGCACCCGUUUCGUCCAUGGCAGGCGGCGCGGUGUACAGUUCCUCCAUGCGCUCCGACCCUCCAGUGUACGCGGACCUGAACACUUUCAACCCCGCCAUCAGCACCGCCAACCCCGCGAUGAACUACACCAGCGCCCCGCCGCAGCACACCGUCCAGCACCCGCGGCUUCAGGCGCUGAAGGAGGAGCCCCAAACGGUGCCUGAGAUGCCCGGCGAGACGCCACCUCUCUCCCCCAUCGACAUGGAGAGCCAGGAGCGGAUUAAAGCCGAGAGAAAGCGCAUGAGGAACCGGGUCGCCGCGUCCAAAUGCCGGAAGAGGAAACUGGAGAGGAUCUCCCGGCUGGAGGAUAAAGUCAAGAACCUGAAGUCCCAGAACUCCGAGCUGGCGUCCACCGCAAACAUGCUGCGCGAGCAAGUGGCCCAGCUCAAGCAGAAAGUCAUGAACCACGUCAACAGCGGCUGCCAGCUUAUGUUGACGCAACAGCUGCAGACGUUCUGAGAAGAACCGAAGGACAUUUGAGUUCACUUUAAUAGACGCAAGGGACAAAGUUCAGGGGCUAGAUGUCUGCGAGCCGGCGCAACUGCUGGCAUUAGCCCGCGGGGACCGGCCGCGUGCCGUAAAAAGAUGUUCUGACUGGACUUUUGGGGAGUGCAAAACUUCACGAAAUCGGUCCGACAGAGACAGCGACAGAGGGCAUGAGACUCACUCUGUUACACGCUUUACUUUCUGACGAGAAAAUAGACUUAUCCUUGUUCACUUCGACCAGGUUGUGCAUGGACCCAUACGCUUCAAAGGAGCGCUCAGUAUUAUAUAGGAGUAAAACAGGGGACGUGACUGCCGUACAAUAGGGAUGUAAAUGUCUGGCUCACCAAGCAGAAAGUUGUGUCCGCUAAACGUUUGAUAAAAGCUGCCUGACUUCUGAGUUACAUGUUGUACUUUUUGUUCUUAAACUGAAUGGAAUUUACUUUUUCCUUUAGUUAGUCCAACUUCAGCAGUUUCUUUUUUUCUGAAAAAGUUCAUUAAUGAGGUUUCACUCAUUGUUAUUUGUAAAUAAGAUCAACCCGGAGUACUUAAGUUUACCAUUUGUAAAGUACAAUAUACUUUUUUUAUGUUUGUUUUCUGAGCACAUCAGAAACUAAUCAAUAUUUAUGAACUGUAAUAAAGUAUGUGAAACGAAAAACUGUCUCUGUUGUCCUAAUGGAGUUCGGAUGUAUGUGUGUGUGUGUGUGUGUGUGUGUGUUCACCAAGACAAACUUGUAGUAACAUGUUUUGGGAGAGACUGCUUGUUUGGCAAAAUCCACAGGUUUGAAUAUACAAGCAGAGCAUGUAAAAAAAAAAAAAGUCAAAAACAACAAUUAAACCCAUAAUAGUUAUUCAG